UUCGUUCGUUUUCGUUUAGUAAUUUUAGUAUAGGUAUGUGGUAUUCCAAAAGACGUACAAUAUUGUGCUGACAGUAAGACAAUAGCAAUUAUUCCUUAAUUUAUCACCAUAACAAUUAAAUUAAAUGUCAAAAAAUAAAUUAAGAAUUGUUUCUUGAACGAUUUCAUUUAAAAAGUGCUCUUUAAACCGAAGUCAACAACAAUACUUAUCGUGUAAUUAUCUUCUUGUCACUCAAUCAUAAGCUAACAAUUAGCGAUGUCAGUUUGUUUACUAAUUGGACAUUAGGCUAAGAAGCACAAAAUUUUAAAGUUUUCGCUAUGAAUGUAGCAGAUUCGACUGGAGGGUCGACGUGUAAAGGGCAAGAAAAUGGCGACGCAUCGAGUGGAUCUGAGCGCCCACUCAAGAAAGCACGUUUUGCGUGGCAAGUUAAAGGGAAAUACCACUUGAAGAAUGAUGCAAGUGAAAUAGCUAAAACUUCUACUACGGAAUCUCUAGAUCCAGACCUGGCUGGAUCGUCUGGCAGUGCAAGUAGUAGUAAUAACGUAGGCGCUGAACAAAACCUAGAGAUAUUAGGUGAUUACUUGCUGAAGCAAGAUUUUAACACACUGGACUCUGUUCACCCUGUUAUUUCUGACCCUGAAAAAUCCGUUCAUAAACCAAGUUCAAGUAUACCUGCUGAUAAGUUACAAUACCCCAGAUAUGUUAGUUCAUUUGACAAUGUUUCUAACAAUGUUUUAAGGACUAAUGACAACAGUAAUGAGUUUGAUUCUCGGUCCAUAUCUAUGGUGGCUUGUCAAAAUUUGACUGAAGAUCACUACAUAGCCCGAUGGCAGGCCAAACAGAUGGCAAAAGGUGUUAUAGACAAUACAAUAAAUCGUGUUUUGGAUUCCUGGAUUCAAGUUCCAUUACCUCAAGAGGAGGAUGGGUCUAGAUUUCUAGCUCUUGAUGUUACAGAUUUUAUAAACAACCUUCCUGGUGACAAUAGUAUAGAGAAUGAAGGGAUACUGAUGGCUAUAUCUGCACAUGGCUUGCAGAACACUUCAAAUUCAAGCAGCUCUAGUUCUAGAGACAUGGAGGAUGUUUGUAUGCCCACAGAUGUUCCUACAGGUCCAGUCGUCGAAACUCCUUCCCCUCAAAGGAGUUUGUCACCCCUACCAUCAGAUGAUGAAUCUCAAGAACAAAACAAUCCAUGUGAUACUGAUAACUCCUCAAAUGAUUUAGACUUGCCAUGGUCAUACUCCGAUGAUCAGAAAAAUGAGACAAGUGACUUGGCACAUUUUCCUCUAUUCCCUGAUGCCUCAAACUUAUCCUACCAAUAUCCUAAUGAAAAUAACCAGAACUCCAAUGCCUUUGAUGGAAACAUGGUUGACAAUCACUGUGAUUUCCUUGAUGCAGCAGUCAUGUUUGCCAUACAGAGCAAAGGUUUAACUACACUCGGAACGGAUUAUGGCUAACAUAACAUUUAUAUUGUAAAUAGCUCCUAAAUUGAAAGUUUAAAAAUAUAUUUCUAUAGGUAUAAAUGUUGCUUAUAAAGACUUAAUAGGCACAAAUAGUUUUUAACCAUGAAUGUGGUGCAGUUCUGCCAUGAAAUCAGUAUUUUAUCAUAAUUAUAUUCUCCCAGUCUGUCUGUCACUACAUUAUGAAAUGUAAAUAAAAUGUAUUAUUGUGAUAUAUCCUGAGAAACUGUAAUGUACUGGUGUCAAAUGUUGUAGAAAAGUACAAAAGUUUCAAUGUUUUGAAACAUAUCAAGUGACUGAUUUUGAAAUAUGGACUUGAAUUUUUUUACAUUACCAAUACAUAUUUUAAUAACGGCAUGUCCAAUAUUAUUUAGGUAUAAUCUGUCCAUUAUCUUUAACUGAUAGAUUUAGUUUUAUAAUUUGGUAUUUGUUUUUUUAUUACCUUGUCUAUAGAAAGUUGCGUAUGGGCAAUAUGGUCAAUGCAUUUAAUUGUCAUAUUAUUAAUCUGCAAAUUAUUGAUGUUUUAACUAAUUGUAGACCUAUUUUACUUGUUGUAUUCAAACAUAUAUUUUAAGCGAGAAUUAGAAAGUUCUAUAACAUAGUGUUAGUGUAAAUGUAUGCCAUACUGACAUUACAGUCAAUAAAAUGAUACUCAACCAAGUUUUACUAUUAUCACAAA